CUAGUUGAGGCAAUGGCGACUGGGGCGCCGGAUUCGCAAGCGCGGUUCGGCCAGUCCGUGAAAGGGCUUCUCACCGAAAAGGUGAACACCUGUGGGACUGAUGUGAUCGCGCUCACGAAGCAGGUGCUGAAGGGGUCCCGGAGCUCCGAGCUGCUAGGUCAGGCCGCACGAAAUAUGGUACUACAGGAAGACGCCAUCCUGCACUCAGAAGACAGUUUAAGGAAAAUGGCAAUAAUAACAACACAUCUUCAAUACCAGCAAGAAGCUAUUCAGAAGAAUGUUGAGCAGUCAUCCGAUCUACAGGACCAGUUGAAUCAUCUGUUGAAAUAGAA